UACUUCUACAUGACUGUACAAGGCACGGUCUUAAGACAUGCUGCUUUCAGUGCAGAAAUCAGUGCUGCAAAAAUUAACAUGAAUAGCACUUGCCAGGCAAGCUCUGCCUAUCUGCAACCUCUGUGGAACAGCGUAAAGAACAAUGAAAACUUGCUGAAAUCCUGUUUAUUCCCUACUGUUUUCUCUUUUUCAGUUAACUUUGUUUUGUGCCUCCCAUUCUUUCUGCUUGAUAUGCUUGGACCUUGCUUCUCAUUUUUUCAUCGGUAUAAAAUAUGGAAAGAUGAGCCUUUUAACCUGGAAGUUUGGUGGCUGUGUCUAAAGAAGAUUGUGUGCAACCAUGUAGUCUGCGUCUUCCCAACAUCCAUCCUGUAUGGAUUUAUGAGACCAGCUUAUUUACCGGAUGAAGCACCUUUCCUUCCAAAACUAAUUAUGGAUGUGGUCUUGGGUCUUCUGCUCUUUGACACUUUCUACUUUUUUGCCCAUUUGGGACUUCAUGGAGUACCUUGGUUGUACAGGAAUGUUCAUAGCCUCCACCAUGAACAGAGGAAGCCAUUUGCUUUGACAUCUCAAUACUCCAACAUGCUGGAAAUAAUUUUCCUUCAUUGUUUUGCUUUAAUAGCUACAUAUAUACUGGAUUGCCAUCCACUGACCGAAAUAGUCUUUUUCAUUGUGAAUAUCUGGCUAGCAAUUGAAAACCACUGUGGCUAUAACUUUCCAUGGGCCACACACAGACUGGUACCCCUUGGAAUGUUUGGGGGAGCACCAUUUCAUGACCUUCAUCAUUGGAGGUUAAAAUGCAACUAUGCCCCUUACUUUACUCACUGGGACCGCCUUUUUAACACCCUCAUUGAAUACACUGAAGACAAGCAAAAUUUUGGUAAAACUGGGUACUGAAAUGAACACGUAAAUUUACCUGCAAAAUAAUGGGAAAUGCUUUUUAUAAAAAUUCCAUACCAGUUUGAGUGACAAGAGAAUGGGAGAGAAUACCCUUAGGAAAGUCCCUUUCUCAGCUCAUUAAAGUUAAGUAGAACAUUUUUGUGAUAUGCUGGCACUGUGCUUGGUGCAUUCCCAAGAACAACUGUAUCAUUAUACCUUUCACGUGUUUUGUGAUGGUGUUUAGUGUUUGUGCUUUUAUUAGCAUGCAAGUGAUAAAACUAUGGUCUGUUAUCUAAAGACAUGUUACAACUGAGAGGGGCAGAUAAUAUUUUAGGAUUUAGUGGUGCCUGUUGUCAGGUAAUUUGAAGGAUGCUUGAACAUAAUGAGAAAUCUAGACAGAUGUUGAUUCUUUGGUGAUAUAGACAGAAGUUUUUUUUUUUCUUUUUACUAAGCAUGCACUAAACAGCAAGCUGUACAGAAGAGCAAUGUAAUAUUCUGUUUCAUGUCCAGGGGAAUUAAAUGGGUAUAUGAAGACAGUUUCCUUACUUUAAUCACAUCUUUAAACAAACACCUCAGAAAGAUUCCUGUUCUAAUAUAAAGACGUGCUGCUUUUUUGUAUUUUAUGUAAAUAUAAACAUUUGAUUUAAAUGUUUUUGUAAAUCAUUGUUUAAACUAUAUUAAAUGAAAAUAAUUUGUCGUGUAUAUCUAUUAUGCAAUGUCAGAAUAUGUUAUGUCUUGUCAAGAGAUCCACAUAUGACUUUACUAGGUAUAUAUAUUUUUUAUUUUAUUUUACAUUUAUCUGGAUGGUACACUGAUCACAACUGACCAUUUGUAGGUACUGCCCAGAAGUAUCAUCUGUCUGUCUGUUGCUGUGUUUCAACUAUCAAAGUGUUAGCAAAUUAAUUUUGCUUAUGUAAAUGUGUAGGGCUUACUAGGUGCAUAUGCCUACAUUGGAGGGUAACAUGAGGACAGAGAAAGACAAAAUAGUUUGCAGAUUGUCACAUAGUACUUGCUCUAGAAGCUUUGUGAAAGAAUCCAACAUGGGUUUGUGGGGAGGAUGCUUAAUCAUUUACAACUUAUUAGUUUUCCCUUAUAGGAUAUACUGUUAAGCCAAUUUUUUUUUUGUGAAUAAAAGUUUUUGCAGGUUAAUUUUCUGAACAGGAAACAAACGUGCUGUCAUCAAGAUUAAACAUGGGUUCACAUCAAAGAUUUUUUCAAUCCCUGGAUAGCUGGCAGUAUGUUACCUUUUUAGAUGUUAAUAGUUUGUGAACUAGAAAUCUUCAAAUAUUUAGACUAUUUAAAUAAUAAAGAAAUCAUGACAUUCUUUAUGAAGUGUGAUAGACAUUCAUCUCUACUCUCAUUUAAAAUAUUUCACUACCUUCCACAUUGCACUGCAAAGGAACAUUUUCAAUGGAUUUGAAUUAUGAGAAAUAGACUUUAUCGGCUCUUCCUGAAUUCUCUUCAACUGAUGUCACAAAGGAUCAUUCAAAUAAUGGCACCAAUCUUACACAAACUGAUGAUAAAGUUGUAAUUCAGUGCAGUGCUGAGAAAGAAAAGUACAGGGCACAGCGGAGGCAACAUGCCUUAUUUCAGGAUACCUAGCAAUACAGGAAGCAGCAAUACUGUCCUUUUGGGCAGAGUCAGAUACACAGCCAGCAGGGUUUAGCCUAACAGUGGUCAGAGGUGUUUAAAAGGUCACUGUUUUCUUUUGACCACUGUCUGAAAGUUAUAGCUCAUUCAGAAUAAUAUACAACCAGUUUAACUUAGGCUUCUUUUCAGUGUAUACGUGUGUGUG